UCGGGCUGCCCCCGGCCGUGGUCCCGGCCCCGAGGGCGGAUGGACGGCCGCGGCGGCGCGGGGGCGGCGGGCUACGAGGAGGGCGAGGACGACGAGGAGGCGCGCGAGGGCGGCGCUGCGGGCGCUACGCCGGGGUCCAGACUGCCCCCCAUCGCGGGCGGCGCCUCCGAGCUGGCCAAGCGGAAGGCCAAGAAGAAAAAGAAGAGGAAGAAGACGAAAGGGUCGGGCAAGGGGGACGAUAAACAGCAGAGCCGAGGCCUGAAGAACCAGCCUCCUUCUCCAUCUUCUCACGACAUCUUAAGUUGGAGCAAAGACCAGGGCCUGAAGCAAGAGCGGAAACAGGACCGCCAGCAGAGCCGCUGGCCCGCCGUCGAGGGUGACCUGCCCAGCGUCGCUGAGGUGGAAGAGGCCCUUUCGGACCAGAUGAAUGAAAGCCUGCGCUGGGAGGGGGUCCUCACCGACCCCGAGGCGGAGAAAGAAAGGAUUCGCAUCUAUAAACAGAACCGGAGGAAACGCUACCGCACGCUGGCCCUCAAGGGCUUCCCCACCGACCAGGACGCCCAGGAGCAGAUGGGCGAGAACCCGCCCUACCGCUCCGACAGAGAGGGCAGCUCCGCUAGCAGGCCGCACCACUGCCUGGAAAUGCUGCACGCCGAAUUGAUUCCUGCUCUGUCCGAAUGAGGCACACAGGCCCCCACUCCACCUCCACCCCCCACCC